GAGGACAUUUGUUCAUUUUUUUAAGCCAAAUGUCUCAGAUACAAACAUGUUGCUCAUUCGGAGUCAGAGUCAUCACAUCAUAAACUUUAUUAUAUAUAAAACUAUAAAUAAGAACAAGGACUGAUUCUCCACUAGUAAUACAGAGGUUCAACACCAGAUGGCGCCCUGGCUCCUCCUCCACACGCCUGACACGCUGAGAUCUCGCGAGGUUCCACGGGACUUGAGUCUCAGCUGGUUCCCGGUGCGUCGCUUCUUGUGUCUGCCGGUUAACGGCUCUGAUCCCCGGCCUCCCCGGCUCCCCCGCCCCGCUGUGUGAGCCAGCAGCCCUGUGACCGGUACAGUGUGAUACCGGAGCCCGGUCUGACCUCCGCCGUGUGCAGGUAGUUUAACGGGAGGAUUCCUCGGUUCACCGGCGUCUCUCUAACGUUCACUUCCCGCUGAUGACGCGGAUGUGUCACGUGGAUUCAUAACGGAGGAUUCCCGGUGUGGGGGGUGAGCGGAUCCCGGUGUGAUCCGCUGAGAGGAGGCGGGAUUGUGAGGCAGUGAACCGGCGGCGGGUCCGAUGGAGGGACACGUGUCGUGCCCGGUGCUGUGACGGUGUGUCCGGUAUGUGACGGAGCCGGUGGCCGGUGAAGCUGCGGCUCAGGAUGCAGCAGCAGCCUCCUCUGCUCGGGGACGUUUUCUGUCAGUGCCGCUCCGCAGACCCGGAGGACUCCUCCUCGGUUCCCCCCUCGAAGCCUCCCGGCAGCCGGCAGCCCGCCGACCCGGGGCCGGCCUGUGACAUCUGCGGGGGACCGGAGCAGGAGCACCGGAUGAAGGUUCUGUUCCAGGUCCUGGAUGUGAACCGGGACGGAGGAAUCUGUCUGAGCGACCUGACGAUCGGGCUGAAGAAGUUAGGAGUUCACCGGACUGAGCUCGAGCUCAAGAAAAUAGUGAAAGCCGGAGACAAAGACCUGGACGGACAGUUGGACUUUGGGGAGUUUGUCCAUUAUCUCAGAGACCAUGAGAAGAAACUCCGGCUCGUCUUUAAGAGUCUGGACAAGAAGAACGAUGGUCACAUCGACUCACAGGAGAUAAUGCAGUCUCUGCGAGACCUGGGCGUGAACAUCUCUGAGGAACAGGCGGAGAAGAUUCUCAGGAGAAUAAGGAGGGGUCAUGUCUGGGCCCCUAUCUUGUAUAUGGAUAAGAAUGGAACGAUGACGAUCGACUGGAACGAGUGGCGAGAUUAUCACCUCCUGCAUCCAGCAGGCAACAUCCCUGAGAUCAUCCUCUACUGGAAACACUCCACGAUCUUUGACGUAGGUGAGAGUUUAACGAUUCCCGAUGAAUUCACGGCAGAAGAGAAGAAAACGGGAAUGUGGUGGCGACACCUAGUGGCUGGAGGAGGAGCUGGAGCGGUGUCUCGAACCUGCACAGCUCCACUGGACAGGCUGAAAGUUCUCAUGCAGGUUCACGCCUCCAAGAGCAACAGCAUGCACAUCUCUGGGGGCUUCACCCACAUGAUCCGUGAGGGCGGCGUUCGGUCCCUGUGGAGAGGCAACGGCAUCAAUGUCAUCAAGAUCGGCCCCGAGUCUGCAAUCAAGUUCAUGGCCUAUGAGCAUAUUAAACGAUUAAUCGGAAGUAACCAGGAGACGUUGGGCAUCGCAGAGCGCCUGGUGGCGGGCUCUCUGGCCGGAGUGAUCGCUCAGAGCAGCAUCUACCCCAUGGAGGUCCUGAAGACCCGCUUGGCGCUGAGGAGGACGGGUCAGUUCUCCGGCAUCUUGGAUUGUGCCAAACACAUCUUCCAGAGGGAGGGGGGGGCGGCUUUCUACAAGGGCUACGUCCCCAACAUGCUGGGCAUCAUCCCCUACGCUGGGAUCGACCUGGCUGUCUACGAGACUCUGAAGAACUCGUGGCUCCAGCGUUACGCCACUGACAGCGCUGAUCCCGGCGUGUUUGUGCUUCUGGCCUGCGGCACCACCUCCAGCACGUGUGGUCAGCUGGCCAGUUACCCGCUCGCCCUGGUCAGGACGCGCAUGCAGGCACAAGCUACUCUGGAAGGAGGCCCUCAGAUGAGCAUGACGGGCCUGUUCAGACACAUCGUCAGGACCGAGGGCGCCACGGGACUCUACCGAGGUCUGGCGCCCAACUUCAUGAAGGUCAUUCCGUCUGUUAGCAUCAGCUACGUGGUGUACGAGCAUCUGAAGAUCACUCUGGGGGUCCAGUCAAGGUGAGGAGGAGGCACAACGAAGAGUCAAGAGGCUGCUUUUCUUUUGUCCUGGAGUUUCACUACGUUUGGAUCUAAGAAGCAAGCAGCAGAAAUUCUACACAUUUACAUCAAAUAAUGGACUUCCAGGGUUUGAAGGAUGAACGUGAGGUGAUGAGAACUUUGAGAGUUUGUCCUUUGCUGUUAUUUGAAACUUUCUUUCAGCGACUCAGAAGUGCUCCUGCUUUGUUUUAGCAAAACUGAAGUUUACAUUGACUUCAGUGUUUCCUGGUGGAGCAGCAGCGUGUUGUCUCAGCCGCUGAGGGAGCUGCUGCUGCUGCUGCUCUGUGUAAACUCUUAACUCUUAAAGGGCUUUGUUAACGUUCAGUUUAUCACCAAUCCUUCCCCACUGCUGGAGGACUGAUCCUGAUCCGCACCGUGAGCACGCUCCUCUGGUUGGGUCAGGUUGGAUCCAACACAAAACCCUACUAGAGCUUUUUCAUGUCUACGAACUUAACUGUGGACAAACAACACUUUACAUUACAUUUAUUCUUACUUCCAUUGUCUCCCGCACUUAGAUGCAUUGAGCCUCUUCAUGCAAGAGGCUCCCAAUAUUGUGAGAGAAAAGAAUCAAAAUAUUAUGAGAAAAGUCGAUAAUUUAAGAGAAUAAAGUCUUAAUUUUACAAGAUUAAAGUAAUAAUAGUGGAGGUGGAAGUGUUGGACUGUGACGAGUUUCAGGAGAAACAAAGAGAAGUUCCAUCCAGAUGGAGAGAAAGUUCCCUCGGUUAGAAAAAAUCUUUCUUUUAUUUAUUCUUGUAAUAUCUUUUUAGAAUUAAGGAAAUAAUGUCAACAAACAUACGAAUCACGUUUCCUCUCACAUCGUUAAUAAUAAAUAAACGUUCAGAAUCAUUAUUUCAUGACGUCAGGACGAAACUUCCGCAUCAUUAACUUUAUAUUAACCUCGAGAAUCGGCACCGAUGUCUUUACGUUGUUUGUCCGAUACUUGGUUGUGAACAGUCUGAGGCUCGGAGCCGUCAGACGUCGUGCACUUUGAGGAUCUUUGAGGAUCUUUGAGGAUCUUUGAGGAUCUUUGAGGUCAUCGGAGUGAUUCACAUUUAAAGAGGCGAUGACACUAAACAGGAAGUGGAAACUACAGGAGAAAGUGAGCUCAUCACAGGAGAAUCACCUGAAGAGUCCUGUUGACUUGUUGAUCCUGAUUUUACAGAUAAUUGUGUUGAAUAAUGAUCUGCAGCAGGAAAACAUCAAAAAGAAUCUUAUCCCAAAAAGCAGGACGUUUUGCCAUCAUCAGUUAGAAUAAGACAAAAACAUGAACAUUAAGAAAACCUGACUUAUGUUUUAAGUAUAAUAAUGUAACACUAGGGAGAAGCGUUCUCCUCCAUUCCACCUCCUGCAGAUAUCAUGUACUCAACAUGUUCAUUUCAUUCAUAUGAACCAUCAGCUCAUAGAAGUAUCAUUGUUUUGGUCACAGGAGAAACUUUUCUGUCACUAAAGAUUUGUCUGAUGCUGUUGAAAAGUGGAUCCUUGAAUGUUUCAGCGUCUUGUUGGAUGAAGACGUCUCCAGGUCAAAGCUCCUUUCAGUCACAUGAUGGGACGUCCAAUCAGAGGCUCAGUUUCCCAUGGUGCCUUGGGUCCAAACACGAUGAGGUGUUCAGAGUCGGUGGGACAUGGAAUGCACUUUAUGGUUCUCUGCUUUAAUUCCUCUUAGUUUUUAUUUAUUACUGUAUUUAUUUAUUUAUUCUUUCACAAGGAUUAAUGACUGAGUCUGUGAUCUAUUGGUUGUACUGACUCAUUUCCUUUUACUACGUGGAUUAUUUUAUUCAAGUGUCACCUGUGGUCAAGUCAAAGUCUGGAACAUGGAGCCCAAAGGAGUUUCAGUAUUCAACUUAGAAAAGAAUUAAAAAAUAUUAUCCUUAAAAAAAACAAUAAUUUGUUAAGAAUUAUUAAAGAUUUACUUUUAUGAUUUGAUUAUAAAUGGUUUCAUUACAUUUUCCAAUAAGGUUUUUAUUUAAGUACAGGUCGUACUUCUGACAGUUUAUGGUUAAACUGUAAAAUAUAAAACCUAAACUACAUUUAUCUGUCACAAGGGUUUGAAAACAUCAAAGGAAUCUGACACAUAUUUUUAAAUACACACACAUAUAUAUUUGAAAUUAUAUUUUAUAAUUUGAAAUGAAAUUGACUGAUGAUUGAAUGUAAAUCCUUUUCUUUACCCAGCUGGUAUUGUAUCGUUGAUCUACUCAUUAGGUUGUCAUGGAACACUUUGGGUCUCAGACAGACUCGGAUGUUCCUGAAGAUAGAAGAUCUUCAUGUGAACAUGAGGAACAACUUCCUCGGGGGUGAAAGAUUCAUCUGAACAGAACAUCUUUGUACUGAAACGUGUUUCUGUUGUGGAAAUAAAAUGAUGGAUGAUAGAAUGUUCUCCUGCUCGUGGACCUGCUGCAUGUCGUCUUCCCAGCGUCUUCCCUCCAGCUUCCUGUGGAACUCUGGUUCUGGUUCUCUGGUUCUGGUUCUGGUUCUCUGCAGCAGCUGCAGACCACAGGACGACUCAGACAUUUGCUCAGUGGACUGUUGCUCUCCAGGUUUGGAUGUCUCAGUCCGUCCUCUUCGCUCCUCUGGCGUCCUGACCCUUCUCUGACCCUUCGCUCUGAUCUCCUCUUUAUUACAAAUUAGUGAUAAUAUUUCAUCCUGUGGCUGCGUGUAUAUGUUUAAUACUUUCCUCUUCUCAUGUCUGGAACGUGGCCUCAGUGUUUGUCGUAGUGACUCUUCCAGACAACACUGAAGGCUGCUGUGUAUAUUAGUAAAUUGUGGCAUAUUCACAAAAUGCAUUCAGCAUAUAUAUAUUUCUAGUUUAUUUUAUUAUGCUGGCUGUAAGUGACCGAGGAGUGAGACUGAGUGUGUUGACAGCAGCUGUAGAAUGUUGAAGAAUAUUUAUGCUUGUAUGAGAUCAGCUGUUAAAUAAAGUAGUUCAGCAGUAAA